AUGACACUCAACGCGGAAAAUACCACUUUUAGCAUUGCUGGCAGAGGCUUAAAGUUAGACACUGCAGAGGAUGCACAGGAGUUUGUGGAUUCCAUAUUAAGCCAGGAAAACUUGGAGAAAGUUAUAUUAAGUGGAAACACCUUCGGGGUGGAGGCCGCACAGGCCAUAGCCAAAGCAUUAGAGCAGAAAAAAACUCUUAAGGCAAGGAAAAUAUUUGUGUUUGACGCGUCCGAUAUAUUUACAGGAAGGCUUCGGGAGGAAAUUCCUCACGCCGUCAAGGCCUUAUGCAACUCGCUUGAAGAUAAACAGCUCGUUGAGCUCAAUUUUAGCGAUAAUGCAUUUGGUCCUGCGGGCGUUGAACCCAUGGUUGAUUUCUUAACAAACAAUCGAUCGCUUAAAAUACUGAAGCUUAACAACAACGGCCUUGGUCCCAGUGGGGGUAAAUUGAUUGCCAAGGCUUUGCUUAGGGCAGCCGAAAAGAACGCCGUAGAAGGUCGUGAAUCAUCAUUAACAACCAUCAUUGCUGGACGCAAUCGAUUGGAAAAUGGAUCUAGUCAAGUUCUCGCCGACGCCAUCGCUGCUCACGGCACCCUAACUGAAAUUCGCAUUCCACAAAAUGGCAUUCGUUCUGAGGGGAUUGUCGCUCUCUCUAAGGGACUCGCAGCUUGUAAAAAUUUGCAAGUUCUCGAUCUACAAGAUAACACUUUUACAGAAAGCGGAUCUAGGGCUUUUGCUAAAGCUCUCGUUGAAUGGCCAAAACUGAAGCUUCUUAACAUUGGUGAUUGCUUAUUAUCGGCAGAUGGCGGUGUGAUCAUUGCCGAAACUCUUUUACUAGGUCAUAAUAAAGAUCUUGAACACCUUAAUCUUCAAUACAACGAAAUAAAUAGUAAAGGUGUCAGUAUUUUAGCUUCUGCUGUGUCAUCACAUCUUAAAAAUUUGGAAUUUUUGGAAUUAAACGGUAAUUGCGUUAAUCCCGAAGAUGUGAACUCACAAGAAGUACACGUGGAACGGGAAAUUCAAGAUUCCGUAAUAGAAAUCAAAUCACAGGAAAUUAAAAUUCAAGAGGAGGACCAUGGAAUUCAAAAAACGGUGGUAGAAGUUAAUCAGGAAAUUCAUGAAUCCGUGAGAGAAAAAGAUAAAUCUAUGCUCAAGGACACCGCCGAUGCCGGACAACCAUCUAUCCCAGCAGGGCAAACAUCACUCAAGGACGUUGCAAAUGAUAACAAUAUCCGGGAGGCAAUACCCGAAGUUAAGUUGCAAGAAGUUGAUCGCGAGAUUCACGAAGGUGACCGUGGUAUCUCAGAAAAUACAACAGCAAACGAACAGGUCGAAGCACUAACAGAGCGAGUUUCAAGGUGCCACUACCUUUAG